AUGGCGCAUAUAGAGAAUUCUGCCAUUUACCCCGAUCUCAAAGACCAAAUAGCCGUGAUAAUAGGAGCAGGCCAAUCCGGCUCUCCCAAUUCCAAAUUCUGGGGCAACGGAGCAGCAAUCAGCAAAGUACUCAGUAAAUCCGGCGCAAAGAUAAUAGCCUGCGAUAUAAAUCUCCAAGCAGCCCAACAAACAGCAUCACGAAUUCAAAAUGAUGGAGGAAUCUGCGAAGCAAUUCGACUCAAUGCAACAAGCCACAAGGAGAUAAACCAAGUAAUAGGCCACGUCCUCAAAAAACACGGCCGAAUCGAUAUCCUUGUCAAUAACGUCGGCGGAACCGCAACCGGUGAUCCAGCUACAAUGACCGAAGAGGCCUGGGAUGCCCAGAUCCAACUUAACCUGAAAUCGGUAUUUCUCAGCUGCAAUGCCGUCCUGCCCAUAAUGGAAAAACAAGGCUCUGGGGCUAUCAUCAAUAAUGCUUCGAUUGCGGGUAUGAGGUAUCUUGGUAAGCCGCAGGUAGCGUAUGCGUCUGCUAAAGCGGCGGUGAUCCAUUUUACUAAGGUGACUGGCAUUAUGUAUGCGGGCAGAGGGAUUCGUGUUAACUCUGUUGCGCCUGGAAUGAUGUAUACGCCGCUUUUGGAGAAGCUAGGUAACAGCGUGUUGGCUGAGGAGAGGGAGAUCCAUAAGAGGAUUACGGAUCACAAUGUUCCUCUGGGCAAAAUGGGUGAUGCUUUUGAUGUUGCCAAUGUUGUUGCGUUUUUAGCUAGUUGUGCUUCGAGGUACGUUACUGGGCAAAAUGUUGUUGUUGAUGGCGGGCUUGUAGGUUCGACUGGAACUGGUGGCAGGGAGACAUUGUCCUCACUUUAG